GCAGGGCCUAAUGUCACUGUGGGUGCAGCUUGGUUGGAGGAUGGGGUCUGUCGGGAGCACUAAGCAUGUGUUCACCUGACACAGUUCUGUCCCUGUGGGAUGGAUAGCUUAUCUGCAAGGCGGUUUGAGUCUAUCUAGUGGAAAACAGUCUAUUUUAACUUUAAAAACAAACAGACACGCUUUGUACCAAAUGUUUAUAUUGUGACUAAGUUCUUCAAAUGUACUGAUUGUGAUGGCAUUUGCAGUGUUUUUGUUGUUGUUGUCUGAUUUUAUGAGUGUUCACUUUAAGACUCCUUGUUGCAAUGGGACACUUUGGAAACGGUUCUUUGAAAAGGCUGAGAAGAGGACUUCCUGGGAGUGCCGGCCCUUCGGUAGGAGGGCCCCGUGCUCCGGGACUGCACUGGAGGCGGGCCCUCCCCACACUCUCUCGAAGCGGACUCCUGGCAGCUGGGUCUCAGUCAUCGGGGGUCAGGCUGUGCGCCCAUGGAGGAUGACCAGAAGAGAAACUGGCCCCAGAAAAAGCGCGGCGCGUGCUCAGGCCGCCCUUGCGUUUGCACACUGCUCUGCACUGUGGAUUUCGGCACUUAGACUUCUUUAUCCAGACACAUUUUAACCACUUCGGUGGACGGUUUCCUCCUGAGACACUGUGUUUUGCAUGAGAGCAGGCCAAGGCUGAGGGAAAAGCAAAGUUAAAAUUGGUUCUCUUUCGUAGCGACCUGUUUUGUCUGACAUUUCAGCCAGCUUUUUUUUUUUUUAAAGUAGUUUCUCUGCCCCUCUGCCCUUGUAUACAGACAAAGCAGCUAGGCAGCUUCUCCACUAGCUCUUGAGGUCCCCCUUCCCUUCCUUCCCCCCCCCAACUGCUGUGCCCUCCACCCCGGCAGUAGGCCACUUAACUGGGGAACCCCUUGUCUGGUCAUGGGGAGGGCUGUCUGGGGGAGGAUCCCCCCAAUUCUCCUGCCUCUGCUUUUUAGGAACUACAUGAAUGACAGUCUGCGCACAGAUGUGUUCGUUAGGUUCCAGCCCGAGAGCAUCGCCUGCGCCUGCAUUUACCUGGCUGCCCGCACACUCGAGAUCCCUCUGCCUAACCGUCCCCACUGGUUUCUUUUGUUUGGAGCAACUGAAGAAGAAAUCCAAGAGAUCUGCUUAAAGAUCCUGCAGCUGUACACUCGGAAAAAGGUUGAUUUGACGCACCUGGAAAGUGAGGUGGCAAAGAGGAAGCAUGCCAUCGAGGAGGCAAAGGCACAGGCUAAGGGCCUGCUUGUGGGCAGCACACAGGUUCUGGAUGGCACGUCGGGAUUCUCGCCAGCCCCUAAGCUUGGAGAAUCCCCCAAAGAAGGCAAAGGGAACAAGCCCUCUCCACUGUCUCUGAAGAAUGCGAAGCGGAAAGCAGAGACCUCAAAGAAGGCGAAGCCCGACAGCCCGGUGAACGGCUUGCCAAAGGGGAGAGAAAGCCGGAGCCGGAGUCGAGAGCAGAGCCCCUCGAGGUCCCGGUCAGGGUCCGCUUCCCCGAAGAGGAGAAAAAGCGACAGCGGGUCGACGUCCAGCGGGUCCAAGUCCCAGAGCCGUUCCAGGAGCCGCAGUGACUCCCCCCCGAGACAGGUGCGUCCUGGUGCCCCCUACAAAAGCACCAAGGUGAGGAGCUACACCAAGUCCAGGGAGUGCAAGUACCCCGCCCAGAAACCCCCCAAGUCCCGGAGCCGCAGCUCCUCACGCUCUCGGAGCCACUCUCGGGAACGGCCGGAGAAUCCUGGGAAAUACAAGAAGAAAAGUCACUACUACCGAGAUGAGAGGCGGGAACGUUCUCGGUCAUACGAUCGAACAGGCCGCCGCUAUGACCGGGACCACCCUGGGCACAGCAGGCAUCGCAGGUGAGCGCAGGGCCCGGUGGCGGCUGCUGGCCAGCCGCCUCUCAGACCAUGGAGUCCUCCCCCCCAGCCCUCCUGCCACGCACCCUGUGACUGAGGGUCCCUUCUGCGUGGCUCCCUUUGAGGAGUGUCGUUGACUCUUUGGACGUUGUUCUGAAUUUGGAAAGUGGAUUUGCGAGGGCUUUGUAGUGCCCCUCAGGUGGCCAGCCCAUGCACCUACUCACAACCCCUAUACUGGACCUGAGGCACACCCACGUCUGAGCACGGGGCACCCCCAAGCCUGCUGGCUGCCGGAAGGAACAGACGCAUGCAUGGUGAGAGUGGUGGAGCUCGGUGCUAACGACAAGCUGUCUCUCCCCCAGACGGACGCUCAAUUACGUUCAACUAAGAAAAAUGAUUUUUAGAAUCUUUGCCUAUAUUAGGUUGUACUUAUUUAUGUAUAUAUUUUGCGGUGUUUAACAGUACAAUAUGAGAAAAGGCCUUAAUAGCCCCUCUCCUCUGUCCAUGUUGUAAAUAAACACAUGUUGGAUACAAGCAAAAGCUGUCUAUGGACACACAGAACCUGGAUUCUGGCAGCUUGAGACUUGUGUGGACAACUCUGAUUUUUAAAAUGUGAAGGUAUUUCGCGCUGUGUUGAAAGUCGUAUAUUUUUAUCUGUGCAAUGCUGCGUGCGGGCCACCAGCUCCUAAAUAGAGACAUUUCCUAUAUAUGCAUUUUAUGUGGUUUGAAUAAACAAUUCUCUCUACUCAGGACCUUUGGAACGUCGAAGGGUUUGUAGUUCGUUCCCCUGCUCGCUUCGUACAGCCGUGGUGGCGGGUGCAGCUGGCGCUAUCCGUUGUAGGGGUACGCCCAUGCUGUCGCCGCCCCGUCUCAUUAAAGUGUCGGCUUUUGUACUUA